AUGCUUUCGAAGGAGGAAGAUUAUAUUGACAACGAGUAUUACACUAUGAAUCGUCAUUUUUUUCGUCUAAUUGGAUUGUGGCAAGGUCAGACGUCGUCUAAGAACAUAAUUUAUAUUUAUUUCAUUAAUUUAGUACUAACAUUUGCAUCAAUUGGACAGAUACAACUUUUGUUCACGUCAGAAAGAAAUUUAAUGUCGAUCGCUAAAUUACUGGAAACGUUUUUGCCUACACUAUGUUUCAGCUGUUGCUAUUGCAAUCUAUUGUUGAAUGAUAGAGUUAUGAAGAAAAUACUUUAUCGUAUCAAGUCCGAUUGGGAUGACCUAGCGGACAAACCAGAACUAUUGAUAGUGAAGAAAUAUGCUGAAAUUAGCAGAAUUUGUACAGUAAUAAUCGCAGUUUGCUUUUAUAUUUAUAUCGUAUUUUUGAUAUUUCCAUCAUUGUUGAGUGUGUUUCGGUAUGUUUCUGGUGAUAUAAGUAAAACGGAAUUAAUAUUACCAAUUCGUGUUGACUAUUUCUUGACGAACCUAAUGGUUUAUUAUAUCGGACUUAUAAUCCAAUACAUAAUGAUUUUAGUAACGUGCACGGUAGGAAUUGCUAACUAUUCCAUGUUUAUAGCAAUUGUACAACAUGCAUGUGCACUUUUCUCCAUUGUCCAAUGGAGGGUUAAACAUAAAUACGAAAAACUUCCACAUAAUUCUGAUUAUAUUAAUAUUGAAAGUGAAUUAACCGAGGAAAACGAAUGGUUUGUCGAUUUAUUAAAAUCUUUUUACGAAUCUGUUCAAAUAAUUGCAGCAUUAUUGUCGUUUACAUUUGUCCUUGUUGAUUAUAUUUACUUAUUUGAGGUAUUUUCUUUUACCCAUAACCGAAUCGAAGGAAUUGCAAAGCUCCUGUACGUUGUUGGUUCUAUAUUUGUAAUAUAUGUUUAUACUUACGUCGCUCAAAAUUUAAUGGAUCACAAUGCUAAUGUAUUUUUAAUAUUUUGCCAAUUCCCGUUUUAUUCGUUAUCAUUGAGAAACCAAAAAUUGUUACUCUUCUUAACAAUGUAUAGCAUGAAACUGUGCGGUAUAUCCCUGCUGGGCGCAGUAUUUAUAUCGAAUGAACUGUUCGCAACGGUAAAAUAUUUUCUCUAUAAUUAUAUAGCUAAGACAUCAACUAGACAACGUAUACUAAUCGAAAAUAUUCUUACUAGAUGA